UUCGAACUCUCACUGAUGACGUUUGAUCUUCCGCUUCUGCGCAGCGCGAGUCUCUGAACGAACGAACAACAAAACCAUCACCAGAAUCACCGAGAGUCAACAAAACACUGUCAGAGUGAAUCUGGCGCUAAUAUCAUGUCUGGAAACGCUUUUCCAGAUCAGUCGGGAUCUGAGGGCGAGGAGAGCGAUAGAGCGGAGCUGAGACUCGUUCUGAUUGGCCGGACGGGGUCGGGCAAGAGCGCCACAGGAAACACCAUCUUAGGGCGACGUCACUUCCUGUCGGCGCUGCGGGCGGGUUCAGUGACCCACACGUGUGAGUGCGGCAGCGCGGAGCUGCGUGAGGAUGAGGAGUCCAGCGGGAUGAAGAGGGUUCUUGUCGUGGACAUGCCGGGUUUCGGCGACACUCGAUUCGACACGAGUCACGUUCACGCCGAGAUCGCCAAGUGUGUGGCGCUGACGGCUCCCGGUCCGCACGCGUUCCUGCUGGUGAUCCCUCUGGGCCGCUACACGCAGGACGAAGACCGGGUCGUGACGGAGAUGCUGCGUGUGUUCGGCGAGGAGGCGCUUCGCCACACGGUGGUGCUGUUCACGCGAGGAGACGAGCUGGAGGAGGACGGGAUGGAGAGUUUCCUGGGUGACGGAUUCGCUCCGGAGCGACUGACGGUCCUGCUGCGCCGCUGCGGCGGACGGUACUGCGUCAUCAACAACAGGGCGCCGGAGAACCGGACGCAGGUGCGCCACCUGCUGGAGACGGUGCAGAAGAUGGUGGAGAACACGGGCGGAGCGUGUUACACCAACAACGUGUUCCUGCAGGCCGAGCGAGCCAUACGGGACGAGCAGCAGCGGCGCACUGCUAAGAUGUGGCGGAGCCGGACGGGAAACGGGAUGGCGGUCAGCAGACGUGAGGUGCUGCGAUCCGCUCUGAGCCGCAUGCGAACCGAAGCCGCGCUCUCCGGGAAGGUUCUGGAGCGCGUGAAGGUACUGGUUGCUGCCGGGGCCACCGGGAUGGCGGUCGGAGCCGUUUUUGGAGCCGCGGCUCCUCUGGCGAUGGCGGCGGGAGCCUCUAUGAUGGGCGGAUCAGCGGGGUUAGUCGGAGUCUCCGCCGCAGGAGGUGCAGGUGUAGGCAAAGCGUUCGGCGCAAUAGUAGCGGCCGCGUCUGGAAAGACGGCAGUGGCUCUGGGAGCGGCGACGGGAGGCGUGCUGGGAGGGUCGGUGGGAGCGCUGGCGGGAGCCGAGGCCGCGGGACCGCGGGAGGCUGCGCUGGACGCAAUGCAGCAGGUGGGAUCGAUGGGUGCUGCAGUGGUGGGCGUGGCUGCAGGAGUGGGUGGAGCUAUGGGGGCGGGAACAGUUAUGGGGGCGGUGCUAGAGGGCGGAGCAAUAAGUGCUGGUGAAGCCGCAGUUGCAGUGCAGCCUGUGACGAGCGCAGUGACCUCCUCCUGCGCAGCGGAUGGCAUUGGAACAACCGCGCACAUCCUGACCGAGAUCGGACGAGCGGCGGCGGGAAUCGUGCUGGCCGGAGGACUGGUGAUCAAAGUGGUGAAGGAGAAAGUUCGCUCUGCAACGGAAAACGGCUACACUGAACGCAACUCCUACGAGAUCUACUGGAACAAAUGAAGGAUGUGACGCGCCGGUUGACAUUAAAGCGCUUAAAAUGCUUCUGGCUGCAUCUGACCUGAUCAUUUCAUUCAGAUUCAUAGAUGCAUUUCAGCUAGUUUUUACCCAUUGAUAUAAACCUGCAUUCAAACAGUCUGUUUAGACUCCAGUUAUUCGCAUAAACAUGCUUUUUAUUGAGCACAUUUUUAGUGAAUUUAAGGUUGAACUGUGUGUUUAAACAGUUGAUGGCGUGUGAGUUUGGACUGGUUUGGGUUGGUUUAGUGAGAUCAGAUUCACUGAACACUGUGUGUUUGUUUUCUGAAGCAGCUGAACAAAAAUAAACACGAAUUAUCUGA